CUUCUCUUCUCUUCUCUUCUCUUCUCUUCUCUUCUCUUCUCUUCUCUUCUCUUCUCUUGUGUUGAAUGGGUUUGUCCUCCUCCGUCUCUCUCUGGUUCCUCUGUAGCGUCUCAGGCUCAGUUCUGGCUGUGUAAAUGUUGCCGUGUGUUUAGAGGUAGAACACGCGUGUGCACACGCACACUCAAGCUUCACAGACGGACACACUGAGAGAACAUGAAAAAGAUUUAUACUGGGAAAACGGCGCUAAAAGCACCAAUAAAUGAUAGUAAACAUCAGAAGAGGAGCUCGCUGCAGGAGCAGAAGGAGGAUCUGCGCAGGCGUCUCGGCUGCACCACACACAAACUGCAGACGCGUCAGUAUCUGGAGACGGAGCUGCGACGAGCUCAAGACCAGCUGGACAAAUUCACCGAGAAGCUGCGCAGGAUUCAGAGCAGCUACAUGGCUCUACAGAGAAUAAACCAGGACAUGGAGGAGAAAAUCCACCGAAUGACUCAACGUCACGAAGAGGAGAAGAGAUUGCGGAGUCGAGAGAUUGUCACGCUGAAAAACCACCUGAUGGAGGCCAAGAUCUUCAUCCAGAAGCUGCGAGAGGAUAAUGUACGUAUGACAGAUGCCAUGCUGAACGCUUCCAUCAUUCACAGGCUAGAUGAAGCUGUGAAGGCGUCACUGUGAUUGUUUUCAUCAGAGUGCUCAGAUCCCUGGAGGCUCACAGGAACCAUCGUCUGCCAGAAGCAAGUGUUCUUAGAAGGUUCCUGAGAGGUUUCACUUAAUAUUUAUCAGCCUGUGGUGCUGAGAUCUCUGUGAUGGAGUGAGCGUUUGAGGUUUG